GUGUGAGGUGUGAAACUUGACCCUGGUAAGAGAACAGGGGGACGGUGGAUACACCACACUGUAACUGGGAAACAUUUCAGGCCCGGUUUGUCGCAGCUACCUAGGAAUGGCUCUCUGGUAAUGUGGACCGUCGGCUGUGGAAGCCAUCGAUGCCGCUGUCGCCCCGCUGUGCCUUUGUGAGACCUGACGGGUCGAGACCCGCCACCAUGGCCGCAGCGUUACCCCGCUGCACAUCUGUCAGACUCUCCACUGUGGCCACUGUGGUCCUGCUCCUCCUGAUGUCGGUGACCACUGUGCAGUCUUCUCAAGGCGACAAGGAGCCGGUGUACCGAGACUGUGUGAAGCAAUGUGUCCGGACCAACUGCACCGGAGCUCGGCUGCGGGGCUUCCAGUCCGCACAGCCGCAAUAUAUGGCGCUCACAGGUUGGACAUGCCGUGAUGAUUGUCGCUAUGAAUGCAUGUGGACCACCGUGGGCCUUUACCAGGCCGAGGGGUACAGAAUCCCACAGUUCCACGGCAAGUGGCCAUUUGUGCGCUUCCUGUGUUUUGAGGAGCCAGCUUCUGCCCUGGCCUCUCUGCUGAAUGGCCUGGCUUGCCUUAUCAUGCUGCUGCGCUAUCGGAGCAUGGUGCCGCGCCAGAGCCCCAUGUUCCACACCAUCAACGCCUUCUCGCUGGUUUCUCUUAACGCCUGGUUCUGGUCCACAGUUUUUCACACUCGGGACACCUAUCUCACAGAGAAAAUGGACUAUUUCUGUGCAACAGCGGUCCUUCUUUACUCCAUCUACCUAUGCUGUGUGAGAACGUUGGGUCUGAGGCGACCUGGGGUGUCAAGCAUGGUGGGAGUCCUGCUCAUCUUGGCCUUUACCUCGCAUGUGUCCUUCUUGACCUUUGUCAGUUUCGACUACGGCUACAACAUGGCUGCUAACGCCACAAUCGGCAUGGUGAACCUCUUGUGGUGGCUGUGUUGGUGCUGGCAGAACCGGCGGACCCUGCCAUACUGGUGGAAGUGCGGCCUGGUGGUGCUGCUGCUUCAUGGUCUGGCCCUUCUUGAGCUGCUGGACUUCCCCCCAAUGCUCUGGGUCCUAGAUGCUCAUGCUGUCUGGCACCUCAGCACAAUACCAGUGCAUUUCCUUUUCUACAGUUUCCUGAUAGACGACAGCCUCUACCUACUAAACACAGAGAAGAUGGGCGUCAAAGUCGAGUAGGAGGAGCUCUUCACCACGCCUACACCGUCGCACGUCUCCAAUCAGAGCAACCGGACACCCGAACACGGAAGUAGCCCAGCCUCCCAGAUGACAUGCAUGACACCACAUUGACUUCCAUCAAAGUAGAUUUUGUUUACAAGUCUCUUGUUUUAAUAAUUUUUAGUAUUUAUUUGGGGGGUUACUUUCUCUAUUUUUUUGGAUCACUGUGGAUGUUUGCUCUACUUAACUUUGCCUUGUACAGACAUGUGCUCUACGACUCUUUUAUCAUCAAAACAGGAUCAAGGAAAAGGUUUUUCGUUCGACCACAGAAAACUGGGAUAAUUGGGUUGCAUAUCCUGUUUCCUUCGAAUCUCGGAUGCUUCUGAAAUUGAUCCUCUGAACCAAUGAUUUUACUCUCACCAGCCUCUUGGAUGUUUAGCUCUGCACAAAUGGUAGUUUGCUGUGGCUGACAAUAGAUGGCACCAAAUCCCUUGCCAGGCCAUCAUAACCUCUUGCGUUUGGUACGGCAUGUGUCCGAGUACAUCUGUGCUAAAUGUGGACUGGCGGACACCGAGAGUUGCCCCUUGUGAAGUGGGCUGCCAGUGGAUUGUUCUAGAGAGAGAGAGAGGGGGAAAGGGGGUUUAUGUUUGGAGGCCAUUCUAGCUGACUAUUUUUUGUUCUUCUUUUCUCACCAUCACACAUGUAUUUUUGUGCCUGCAUUGUUUCCACUGCUGCUUUUGUCUUUUACACUCUUCUGUAUAAUUCCACAUUUCUAUUUUAAUUUCUAUCUGCUCCCUUAGUUGUUUUUAUUGUGUUUUCUUCGACCAUUUUGUGUGCUUUAUUUAGUUGACUUAUUACAUUUUAAUUACUAGAUUCUUUUUUAAUUUGGGUGGGAUAGAGCGGAUUAUCAUGAAAUGGAAAUAUUGUUUUAAUUCACCUGGAUUGCCUUUUAGUGUGAGGAGAGCGAGAACAUAAUUGAACAUAAUAAGCUGCAACAGGAAGCUGCAACAUUUUUUUUUUUUUCAUCAAGAGUUUCUAAUAAAUUCUGGGUGAUUUUUUUUGUGUGUGUGUGUGUGUGUGUGUGUGUGUGUGUGUGUGUGUGUGUGUUUAAUGCCUAUUAUCUGGAUUUGGUUGCAUUUCUUGCUGUAAUCAUUCUCAGAACGACACGUACACAACCAGCUGCUGUUCAGAUAACUGUCCCAUCAAGUAAAACACUCCCCAUCCCUCCAUAUCUGCCUUACAUAUCAUAUCAAACCCGCUUGUCAAUGAGCAUGUCUCUUCUGUUUCAUCAAAUCUUUCUGUUCCUCUCAAAUGUAUCACCAAAAAAAACUCUUGAAUUCAUACCAUGUAUGUCUUCAUCCCUCAGAGGUUCUCUUCCAUGUGUGCACUUGACGCAUGUGUGGACAUUUACAUGCUUUGUUUUUGAAAGUCUGCCCAUGCCUUUGUAUUUCUGUGAAAACAAUGACCAGUACAUUAUGUGUGUGUACACGUUGCCUUGA